AUGACUGCGUGUUGCGGCUUUCGGAUAUGGAUGGUGCUCUUCAUGGCUGGCAUUCUGACGCUGUUUCUCUACAUAAAUGCCAUGUUUGGAGAAGACGAUUUCCGAAAGAGCCAAGACCCACCAGAGAACUCCCAGGCUGAACUGCAGGAAGCAGCAAGGACCAAAAACGUGCAGCCAGCUGCCAAGCUGAAUCUCCAGCCUCAAAUGGCGUGUCUAGCCAUGAUCUCCGUGUCUACAACAGCCAGUGAGCUGCAGAUUCGUGUGGAGCACCUCAGCCGGCAGCACGAGUACAACUUUAGAGAGGACCUCAUGGGCCCCAUGCAAGAAGUCGCCGAUGCACUGGUCAAGGGUAACUUCGUUGAUACUUGGAUGACCGUCGACUACUCCGCGGCGUACAAGCGUGGUCCCUCGAAGGUGAACAGAUUCCCCCCCACAGCAGCCCCCAAGGAUGCAUGUUUUGAUGUCCACUUUUGCUUGCUGGCUGAAGCUCUUUGGGUAGGCCAAGGCUGUGUCUCUGACGAAAUCUCUCGGGCCUUAUACAAUGAUUUCAACCGAGGUGUCAAUAUGUCAGCGCAGUGGGAUGACGUGGACAAGUUCCGACCAGGUCAUACGCAUGGCAGAUCAUUUGACGAUUCGCAAACUGCAGAUAUUGAGUUGGCUCACUAUUAUGCGGUGGAUCAAUGUGAUGCACCUUACAUUGCUAUUUUCCAAACAGACAUGCCGCUCGGAUCGAUUGUGAGAUGGAUCAUGUAUACGCAGCGCGGAUACUCAUGGGUAGAGGAGGCGAUGCAGGCGCUCCGUGACAACGAGGGGCUCGUGCUGAUCAUUCCCUCCUUCCCGGGCAUCGCGGCGCGAAGAGUACGACCUCGGCCCACCACCAGGCCUAUUGCCAAAUUCUUCAACGAGCAGCUUAGAGGAGAUGUAAAGCUGGAAGACACUACUUGCCAGCAUCCCUUCACUCUGCCAGGCAGAGCUUGCUUGCUGGACAUCCACAGAUACCGGCGGCUCCCAGGGCGAAGUCAGAUUAUGGAGUACCGCUGUGGGGGCCAACUCGUUCGAGGGGUUCCCUGCAGAUCGCUCCAGUAUGUCAGAAAGUGUGGCGGCUUGCGGACUUGGGAAGCUGCGGUGGAGUGUGUGAUCUGCAACAGUGAGAACACGCGACAGGCUCACCUCAGCAACUGGCAGAAGUCUUGGGUGCAGCAUGCUCCCUUGACCUCUGUGAGGUAUGACAUGGCGAGGCUGAAGUCAGAUGUUAUUAUCAUCGAAAACGGGCGGGAUGCUGAAGCCAUGGGCUCCGAGUACAAGGGGCUCGUUCCGUAG